AUGGCGCCUAAAGAGCCCGUCGUCUCUGCGACGUCCGACAGCAGCUCUCCGGCCGCAAGUGUCAUCGACGAUGGAAGCCUCAAGUUUGUUUACGAGCAGGGCGGCAACAACGCCCUGCCUUCUUACCAGGAAGCCACUGGCGCGCCUGUCGAGACAAGAUCUCCGCUGGGGUACAAGGUGCGCUGGGUGUCGGCGACGAUGUUGAAUAUCGGCAUGAUGAUUGGAACGGGCGUCUUCUCUACACCGUCCACAAUUCUGUCCGAUACGGGAUCCGUCGGUCUGUCGCUCAUUUUCUGGACGAUUGGCUUCGUCGUCGCUGCUGCCAAUCUGGCCGUCUAUCUGGAGUUGACCUCGUACUUCCCCAGUCGAUCGGGCAGCGAGGUCGUCUAUCUCGAACAAGCGUAUCCACGACCCAAAUACCUCCUGCCGACGACGUUUGCGGUGCAGGCGGUGAUCCUGUCUUUCAGCAGUGGGAACGCUAUCGAGUAUCUCUUCCAAGUCGCGGAUUAUUCUCCGACGAAUUGGCAACUGAAAGGAGUUGCUAUUGCCGGCUACACAGUUGCAGUUUUGCUCCUGUCCUUCCACACUCGAUUCUCGCUCUAUCUCGUAAACGUGGUCACGAUCGUCAAACUCGUCACCCUGAUCUUUAUUAGCAUUCUCGGACUCGUGGUUCUCGGCGGGCAUACAAGAGUUCCAGAUCCAACAGCCAACUUCCGCAAUGCCUUCGAGGGCACCACCAACUCAGGAUAUGGGAUCACAAACGCGUUGGUCAAGGUGAUGUUUGCUUAUAAUGGGUAUCAAAAUGCGAUGAACGUGGUCAAUGAAGUCAAGAACCCCGUUAAGACGCUCAAGAAGAGCGCCUCACUUGGCUUGAUUACCGUGGCCGUUUUAUAUGUUCUGUGCAAUAUUGCCUAUUUCGCAGCGGUCCCCAAGGCUGAAUUGGUAAAGUCGAAGCAAAUCGCUGCAACUCUCCUUUUCAGUGCUGUCUUCGGGUCCCGUGGUGCAACCCGUGGACUGAGCUUCUUGAUCGCCCUCAGCGCGUUUGGAAAUCUGAUCGCUGUCCUGAUUGGGCAGUCUCGAAUGAUCCGUGAAUGCGCAAGACAAGGAGUAAUUCCAUUCCCCAAGUUCUGGGUCAACACUCGUCCAUUUGGGACUCCACUGGGACCAUACUUCAUCAAAUGGUUCGUGACGAUCAUCAUGAUCCUUGCUCCUCCCGCAGGAGACGCCUUCAACUUCAUCGUCGACCUCCAGUCAUACCCCGCAGCCGUGUUCAGCGCUCUACUUGCCGUGGGCAUCUUCCUGAUCCGCCGCCAAAGGAAGAAAAUCGGCAAAACCGAGACAGAAUUUCGAGCCUGGAACAUCGCCGCCAUCUUCACGGUUCUGGUAAACAUCUACCUUCUCGCCAUGCCCUGGUAUCCGCCUGCGGGGGAGCAGACGGCGGAGACGUCAGUUUCUGGUACGCAACAUACUGCGUUGUUGGACUGGGAAUCAAACGAUAAUGAACUUCAGCUGAUCUUUUUUUCUGUUUCUGCCAGUCUCGCUAUCUGUGGUAUAUACUACGUUGUCUGGAUCUACCUGCUGCCGAAGUGGUACAACUACCAGAUCCGCCAGGAGGUCCUGGUCCUGGAAGACGGGUCCAAUACGCAUCGUCUGGUCAAGGUUCCGAACGAGGAGGUUGCCGCCUGGGAUGAAGAGCAUGAUGUCGAGGGCAAUCUGAGGCGUCGUACGAGUGGUGGCGAUGGUGGUGAUAGCAAAGAAGAUGCCUAG